AAAUGAAAAUAAAAUUAGGGGGAAAAUCUUUUUUUAUUUUUGAUGAUUAUUUUAUUUUUAUUCUCUAUUUUAAUUCUAAAAAGUCUUACAGGAAUUGUGAGUAUAAAAAUGUACCAUAUAAAAUUAAGAAAUUGGCAACAUAUCAUAUGCUCAUAUGCUAACCAGCCCCUUAUGAUGAUUCCAAUAAAUCCAGUUAUCAGUCACAUCCACUGUUAAGGCAAAGUCACACAAGUUUUUUGUUGCGCAUUGAGGGAUUUAUUUGGUAAAUGUGUUUCCAUCAUAGUUUAUGCACAUGAAUAAAAACAUUAUCCGUCUCAACUGAGCACAUACAUUUUUUUUGUGUGCACAUUUUUAGAAUAUAUCUUGGCAUUUCCAUCCAGUGUUUUUUAUAUGAUAUCCCAAAAUUCACACAAAAAUAGGUGGAUGGCAACAUAGUGACUGAACCCUGAUGUGACAAGAACAAACACACAAGGCAAUUGUUUUGUGCUAAAUUUAAAGUAAUAAAAGUAAUACAAUACAAUGUUUUUGUCACUUUAAAUUGUUCACUUUAUUCUAAACUGGUUAUUAUUUGUUCUUCAAUAACAUUCUUGCAUAAAUUUACAUUCUUCCUCUAGUCUGUAUCUUCAAUCCAGUAGAAUUUACCUCUGCAUGGAAUUUUUUUUUUGAAAAUUUGCUGAAUUUGUUUAUUAUUAUUACAUUUAUUGCCAAACUGAGUGCAUUAAGUGACUCUUAAUAAACCGUGUCAGACCAGCAUAGUUAGAUGAAAUACAAAUGCAGGUCGUGUGACAGGACCUAGGCAUUCCCCGGUUUAAUCACCAGGGGGCGACAUUCAACUGGCUAGCUCUCGUGACAACAGACCUCUCCAACACGGUUGAAGUGUUCCUUAGAGAUUUCUUAGGAUUAUGAAAGAUUUGUUCAUCAAAGUGACUGAUAAUAAGAGACUGGUAAGAAAGUAAUAUUUUGAAACCGGAGGUCUGUUUGCAGCGGAUUAACUUUACAAAUCAAUUUCACAAAGGAGUUAAACGUCCGUUAGAAAUUCCGCCAAGACACAGUUGAAUUAGGACUAUAUUCAAGAUGCUUAAAGACGUGUUUAUAAAGUAGGCUACUCUAUGUUUUAUCAAUAGCUACUUUAAUCUCCAAUUAUUCUGCACUUGCGAACGAAAUGUUCAGUUUGUCUGUACUAGGCCUACAUGUCACAAGGACCCUUUUCCCGACUUCUUUUCUAAGACAAAGAACACCUGCACGGCAUCAAUUCUGCCUGCUUUCAGUCUUCUUAAAUGCGCGACCAUUAAAUAUGACGCACGUAGGCUACUAAAUAAACAACAGCAUUAUGGUCUCGAAGAAAUGUAGGCCUAAAUAUGCCACUUGGAGCUUUUUCGUUUAAAUUAGGCCUAUUUUAAAAAUAAAACUGACUAAACUCAGGUGUGAGAUUCUGUUAUGAGCAUCACUCAGCAUCAAACCGCUUCUAUUUAUUUUGGGGAUCUAUAUGAUGAUGAUAAUGAUUAUAAAUAUGCAAUAUCCAUUGAAUAAUGAAACUACUGUAUUAAAACGGAAAAUACCGUGAGAAAAGAAAUUAAUAGCCUAAGUAUUAUUGUGAACAUCGCCUUCAGUUUACUUACUUUUGACCUUCAACAACUGCAGCAACUGACCCUUUGAAUUAAAUAUAUAAAUAUAACUGAAUAAAUUUCAUAUUUAGCCUUCUUAUACCUGCCUCCACUAUCCAAGUAACCUGACUUUAGCAGACGUCCCAAUUGUUCUAAUGACAAACAUGGCUGCUAUCAUAUGCCACGCCCACAACUCCAAUAAUUCUUAAAAUACUGCAUAAAUAUGAUCUACACGACGUAAUAAUUAUUUUUUUUUCCAAGACUACCUAUUAGAGAAGCUAUUUACAAUGUGUUAUGGCAUGUAAAGCUUCAUUUGUGCCUUCAGUCUCACUGCAAAGUUGAAAUAGUGCUUCUAAGGGAGACUCCAACCACCAACAGCAAAAGGAUGAUAAAAUGUUAAAAAUAUAUAUUUAGUUGAUGUCAAAAUGUGAAAUAACACAACAUUCUAUUAAAAGAGAUGUUAUUAUAUGCACUGUAAUAGCGAAUAUCACUCAGAAAUAAGUCUUUUUACGAAGCCUUUGAAUAUUCAAAUUGAAAGUAUCGCGCAAUCAAAUCAUUGUCAAAUCAUUGAGUUCUUGGGGUUUUAAAUAGUAGGGAUGAGGGGAGAAAAACUCAAACUAAAAUAUCCCUAGCUAUAUUACUGUAUAAUUGUAUGUCCUGAGAGUGUUUUGAGGUUACUUUGUUGAGACUUUUUGAGACUUUUGUGAAUAAUUCGUUCUUGCCCAUAUAAUAGAGCAAAGAACUGACGUUGGGGUAUUUCACUGUAGUUCUUCCAGAGUUUUCCUCCUUUUCAGGCCAAUAUGUCUGCAGAUAAACCCAAGGUAUACCAGGGUGUGCGUGUGAAGACCACUGUCAAGGAGUUACUGCAGAAGCACAGAGCCCUGCAGGCACAGAAAACCGCAACGAAAUCGCAAGCCAUGGCUGGUCGCGAUGUCUGCUCUACGACCUUGAAUACCCACCUUGAUGUCUUCUCUGGAAUGCAAGCUCCAGAGCCCUAUUUCCAGACACGUCCCUUUACCGAAAAUGUCAACAUCCCGAUGGAGAAUGAUUAUGAUCAUCAACAGAUGAUGCACAUGAUGCCACCUGAGACUUUCAGCGGCAGUAAUUUCGUGUGUCCCACUUCAUCGCAGUGGUCUAAUGGAUAUAUGCCUUCAAAUACGGACCUCUAUGGUACUAGCCUGGUAUCGAGGUCACCCUCAGACUCCUUCAAUCUCCCCAGUCCAGUCGACUACAACAGUUACUCUCCCCCUCAGUCCCACUCUUCAUCUUCCUCGUGCUACAGCUCCCCGACACGGAUGGAUUUGAGCUCCAGUUUCUCUCCAGAAAAUUACCACUAUCAGCAUUGCAACCUUCAGCAUUGUUUUUGUCUGUCGCACUGGUCCAAUGCGCAGGAAGGCAUGGCAACUUCGGAGUAUGCGCCCUACAGCUCAUCAGACUGUUUGUUUUCAUAUAGCGACGACAGUUAUUUCAGAAGGGAUACCUCAAACUCAGAGAUGUGUUACUUAUAAAAUGCAAUUUUUGAAGCACUUUGCGCGAAAAUUCAGUGUCAUAACUGAUGCAUUUGAAUGCAUUUGUUGUAUUUUAGAUUAAAUCAAAGAAAAAGCAAUGAUAGAAUGCAUGAUUAGGCUUAAUUUAGGAGAGUUGUUUGUUAAGCAACAAGGUUGAUUGCAGAGAGCUAAAUAUGUGUGAGUAUAAUUUACAAAAUAUUCAUUUAUCUUUUCUACAAUAAACAUAUUUUUUUGAUAAUUUUA